AUGGCUCAAUCAGUUCCUCCGGGUGACAUUCACACGCAACCAAACUCGAAGAUCGUAUUUAAUGCCCCUUAUGAUGACAAGCACACCUACCAUAUUAAGAUCACGAACGCUGGUGGUCGUCGCAUUGGUUGGGCUAUAAAAACAACCAAUAUGCGUCGCUUGGGAGUUGACCCGCCAUGUGGAGUGCUGGAUCCAAAGGAAAAUGUUUUAAUGGCGGUUUCUUGUGAUACGUUCAACCCAGCUACGGAGGAUAUCAACAACGAUCGUAUCACGAUCGAAUGGACCAAUACCCCAGAUGGCGCUGCCAAGCAGUUCCGCCGAGAAUGGUUCCAGGGCGACGGCAUGGUUCGUCGUAAGAACCUCCCGAUAGAAUAUAAUCUUUGA